AUGAUUUUUACCGAUUUAUUAAAAAAAUACUUAUUCAAACAACAAAACAUGUCCGAUAGCGGUAUCAUAAAGAUGGAGUUUGCAGCACAAAUCCGUGGAGUCGGAUGUGUGGAAGCGAUAAAGAACGCAUUAUCCGGCGCCGGAACAGUGACGAUUGAUGCUGACAGAGGAAGUGUGCUGAUCGAAACUUCACUACCGUGGUUGGAGAUCGACAAACGCAUCGAAGCAACUGGACGGCGAGUUGCACUGACGGGAUUCGGAGGACAAUCAGCGGUUGCGAUGGUUGAGCAUGGAAAUGAAUCAACUAACGUGCGUGGUGUUGUUAGAUUUUGUUCCCUCUCGAAUGUUGCCGGUCAAAAAGGGGCCGUUGUAGACGGAACGAUCGAUGGGUUGGCGUCUAAUGGUAGCUACCAGCUGAAUGUGCACGAAUGUGGAGACAUUUCGGAAGGAUGCCGGUCGGUAGGCGAUGUUUAUGAUUCCAACAAGAUCAUUUCGGAUGCGAGUGGACGAGCUAUGGUACGGUUUAUUAACGAUCGUCUCGAUGUAAGCGAUCUAAUUGGGCGUUCCGUGGUGAUCGCAGAGACCGACAGUGCACAACACCAGCACCGGUUGAGCUGUGGAAUUAUUGCACGGUCAGCAGGCAUAUUUGAAAACUACAAAAAAAUUUGCGCUUGUGACGGAACAACGAUCUGGGAUGAGCGCAACAAAUCCAUCACGGUGAAUAAGGACCGUUAA